GAGACGCAAAGAGAAGGGAGGGCCGCAGCCCUCAUAGGUGUAUGAGAGAGUCAGAGGAGAGUGAAAGCAGCAAGACAGAUUAACUGCGAAAGGAAAACCAGACUUGUUUUUCUUGUUCUUGCAUUUCUCUAGAAGGUGGGACGUACCUAAUCAUGAACAGCUCAGAUCAGAGCACACACAACUCAGCACGAGGAUUGGUUUCUGUCCCUUGGAUUUAAGCUCAAACAGCACAAGAAGAUGUCUGCACCACCUCCGGUGGUCCCGAGAAAGCCCUCAGGCCUCCGAGUCAUGAUACCUCCAGGAGAGCGGCAUCUUCCCGGCAGCCUGCCCAACUACACAGUUUCUGGCAAAGACAAUGGUGCCCAUGAGGACUCAAAUCAUACAUCUCAACUAAAUGCAGAGAGAGAAGUGGAGAUUCUGAACCACUGCUUUGACGAUGUGGAGAGAUUCAUGGGGCGGCUGCAGCAGGCGGCCGAGGCCCAGAGUGUUCUCAACCAAAGAAGGAAGAAGUCAAGGAAGAGCAAGAAGAAGAUGGAACAAGAUGAGGACUUGUUGACCAUGAAAGCGUGUCCUCCAUCAGAAGAAGACUUCCUGGACGUCUUUCAGAAAAUCAAGUACUCCCUCAGCCUGCUGGACCGUCUCAAGUCGUCCAUCUCACAGCCUGAUGCGCCCGACCUGCUGCACCACAUCUUUGUGCCUCUCAGACUAUUGGUGAAAACCACAGCAGGCCCAGCCUUAGCUGGAUCCAUGGUUAGUCCUGCUAUGACCAGCGGUGCUGUUUCACUGCUCCAGGAGCAUCUGACUGAGGCGGAAAAGGAGCUCUGGACUUCAUUAGGGUCUAACUGGACUUCCUCAUGUUCGAACCUUGAUGUGUCUGCUGCUCCAUAUUCGCCCGUCUUCCUGGACGGAUGGCAGUCGCAGGCCUAUGACUCAGCUGGACAGCCUCUGGAAGAUCCCAUCGAGUCGCAGCAUAAGCAGGAUGCUCUCAGGGAGAGGAGAGAGGCCCGAACUCUGCAGAAACAACCUCGACAAGCAGCCGAGAGCACCGGUGAAAGCACUGAUGAAGUAGAAGGCAACGGGCUCCCACCAGAGGGAGAGAGGUUUUACUGCUGCAGCUACGACUUUGUGGCCAGAAACAGCAGCGAACUGUCUGUGCUACAGGGAGAAACACUGGAGGUAGUUGAGUCAUCGAAGCGAUGGUGGAAGUGUCGGAAUCGAUUCGACCAGAUUGGAUUUGUUCCCCACAACAUCCUGGAGCCUCUGUCUGCUCUGAAUAACACAGGGAGGGACAAUCCAUUGGUCCGCAAAGAGUCAAAGAUUGCACUUUCCCCGACAACAAACUACUUCUCAUUUGCUCCAUCCAGCCCGGAUGGAACCAGUCCUACUGCUGCAAGCCCAACACGCCCACAUAGUGCGGGGUUACCAUCUGCAACAAUGGGAGACGACAAUGACAGAGUCUUGAUAAUAAACGAUGAGCUUCUGCAGCGGCUGGCUGGGAGAAAAGAAUCUGUCCGUCUGCCGGUGGUCAAUCGCACCUCCGACACUUCUGCUCCCCUGAACUACCACUCGCAGCCUGCUGAGGUGGAGGCCUGGCUCACCACUAAAGGCUUCAAUCCACAGACGAUUCAGAGUCUGGGCAUUUUAACUGGAGCGCAGCUUUUCUCUCUGAACAAGGAGGAGCUCCGCACAGUGUCAUCGGAGGAUGGGGCAAGAGUUUACAGCCAGAUAAUGGUGCAGAAGGCACUUCUCGAGGAUGUGCACAAAGCCACAGAACUGGAGGCGGUGAUGGAGAAACAAAAGCAGAAGAUCGGCCUGGAAUCAAAGGGUGGAGCAUUUUGACUGAGCUGUCCACAUCCGCAUCAGACAUCAAUGGACGUACACGUGGUGUUGCUCGUACAGCUGGUGGCACAGAGGCAUGUUUUAAUCAUAUGUGUUGUUGUGUCACUUCUGUGCUAAAGAUUCAUCGACAGGAACAAACUGUGUUCAAAGUAAGACUCUCUUACUAAUACUCUAAUAGUGGAACCAAACAAGAGGAGCUUUAAACUCCUCGACAGCAUACGUACAUUAUUUUUGUUCUGUAUUUAGUGAAAUAUAUAAUAUGUAGUACAGAUGCAUACAGUUACAAAUUGUACUACAGUAUGCACCCAUGACAUUGAAGAAGAAACUAAUACUUCCAACAGUAGAAACAUGAGUAAUACAAUUUACACCAAGCUGUUUCUGACACUACUGGAUUUCAAGUGCAAAAGAUUGACUUCAUUCGCUCGUCUGACUGAAAGCUUUAAAAUGUCGCCCUCUGGGACAAGUUUUAGAAUAAAACAUUUACUGACAACAUUGUGAAUUUUGAAAACAAGUGAUGAACUUCAGUUCAAGGUAGAAACAGUGUGAAGGUUGUAAGGUGCAGCUGUGGCUUUGAGGGAGAACAGCAGGUUGUUAUUAUCAGGGUUGUUGGUGCGACGUACUGCUGGUGUGGCUCCAGCUGAGCACCAGGUUUCUUCAGUUACCCUCAAGACUGUGGCAUGGAAGUUGAGAGUCGGCUUUGGUCCCAACUUGGACCACUUUGAAAUACACUACCCACGUGUUUAUGCCAAUGAGGGACAUCACAGACCACAUGUGAAACACACAGAUUGUCUGCAUGGGCACAGGAUGUGGGGGGGCGAGGGGCUGCUGCCGGAGCCAUGGCCUCCAAAGAAGGUCCGAAAGUAUUUCGGGGGGAAAAAAGAGACGGGAAAGAUCCGCAGACGGAGGCACAAAGGAGAAGAUGUGGUGGAUGUUGUUUGACGAACCACCUCAGAAUCAGGGUUCUCCUCCUGCUCUCAGCGACCCUUUCAGGAGGAGCAGCUGGAGGACGGUCACUCAUAGAGAAGACAGACUGUGAUUUUAAAGAGUGGCAUUUACCAAACGGAGCCACUGAGGGAAUUUAUGACUGUGUUGAGACCAGGCUGUUACAGUGAGAGUCAUGAACAGUCUGAGUGAAUCAGUUUUUAUUGGGUUAACGUCAACCUGCUUGCUGCAGACAAAUGCACAUUGAACUUACUGUACGUCAUAAAUACACAACUUCAGUCUAUGAGAUUAAAAAAGUUGCAUUGUGGUGCACAUCAGAUCAGCAUGUAUACGAGGGAUACAAGGGAUACGUUGCUGUGGAUGUAGCAGCUUUAACAAAAAAUGAUCUAUAUUUUUCUAUAACAACUGUGUGUUCUAUGAUUAAAAUAUAUAAUAAAGCAUUUCUGUGAAGAA